AUGGACCUGCCUCAGCCCGGCGAAUCCACAUGGAGAAAGGCGAUGCUCUUCCGUGCCGAUAGUUGGCUACAACAGGGUUCCAAAUGGGCAAAAUGCACUUUAGCUAGACGUCAAAGCGGCUUUUAUACCUGCGUAGCCUGGUAUCCAAAAUGCCAGAUGCCGAAUGCCCCAUGGACAAAACAGAGCCGAGUAAUGACCAACCCUUUAAGAUGCUCCAAGUCCAAGUAA